AUGCGAUGGAGCCACGGGCGAGGGGGCACCACGAGGUGCGGGGCCGUCCGGACGGUGACCACGGGGGCGGACGGCGGCCAGGGCUCCGUCCCCCUGACCUUGCGCGUCCUGUGCGGGCCCUGGGCGGAAGGGGUGUCGGUCUGCCUGCUGGCCGACUCGGGGCGCACGGUCGUCGGGCUGUUCCCACCCGGCUCCGGGCGCCAGCGGGCUCUGGACUGCAGCCCAGCGCGGGCCCUCUCCUUUGUGUCUGCGCCCUCUGCCCGGUCUGGCCCGCCAGCUCCCGCUACGGGUCCCGCAGUCCGGAGCGUGCCAGGGAAGGCCUGGGCAGAGGCCCCGCCCGAGCAGGCCUGCAUUCCAGGUCUCAGAUCCCCACCGGCCACCAUGGGGGAGGCACUGGCAGGCCUGCCCGACACUCUUUCCCUGUUGCACUACUGUGGGCCACUGGGAAGCAGUGCAAUGAUGAAAGGGCAUCGGGCGCAUGCGCAGAACGCGGGCAUUGUCACGUGCGGCCGAGGCUCGCGGGGAGGGCCCCGCCCCCGGCCUGGGCGCGGAUCGGCCGGGGAGCCCGCGUCCGCGCGCGGCUGCGGGGGAGCGAGUGGGCAGCCAGGGCGCGCCGGCAGCCCCGCUCGGAUGGAGGUCUUAGACGAGUUCGACAGCGCGUUCCCCCAGAGCGUGACCUUCUGCCAGCUCAUCUCCGAGGAGGACUUCGAGAGGCAGGCGGCGACCUACACCGACCGCGCCCUGCGCCGCCUCUUCCGCAGCCUCGACCGCAACCCGGCGCUGGCGGAGAGGGUGGUGCGCAAGGGCAAGCAGGCCGAGCUGGAACGGCGCGGGCUCGCCUCCUUCCUCUGGGCGAAGUUUUUCAGUGCUGUCCAGGGGGAUCUGAACCACUGCAACAGCAUGGGUGCCCUGGAGAUGCACCAGCGCCUCGAGAAGCUGAAGCGAAGCAUCCACCGCGUGCACCUCUACUCCCGGGAUGCCAAGAAGAGGAGAAGGAAGCUAAAAUUGAAGAAACCAGAGCCCAUCCUCCUACGGGACCAGUCGACCUCCCUGUGCCCGCCACCAACCCUGCUGCCACCUCCACCACUGCUGCCAUCACCACCUGCCACCACCAAGGCCUCCCUGGUGGCCCCGUCACCCCCUGUUUACACCAUGCCCAGGGUCUUUGGCCCCUUCCCUCCACUGCCCAGCAAGUCGGUGGAGAAUUUGGAAACUGCAAGGUCUGAAGGGAAAUUAAACUGGAAUGGCCUGUCGCCAAACCCCAAGAGCUGCAUGAUUGACCUGACCCCCUUGGUCCUCAACCCUGGAGGCUUCCAUUUCUUGUACUUGGCUGGCAACAGUGCGCGCAAGCUCCAUUGCCCCACCUUCCCCUGGAACUCGGCCUGCAGUAGCUCCCCCAACACCGACGAGACUCCAGCCCCUGCUGUGAACUCUUCCGUCUUCUCCCCGCCUGUCCUACUGAAAUUCCAUCCUGCGCCCAGACCCAAAGACGACUCAGAGAACGACCCUGGCAGCACAGAGUCUGUGACCCACAAGAGGAGCCCAUGACCUCUUCCCUACAGACUGUGGCCCAAGGGAUAAAUAAAGUUCCUGCAGAGGUA